AUGUAUUGGCCUCACUUAAACAACAAGCUCACAGCAAAUCUUGAAUCCUCCAUAGUUUACACUGAAAUCAUGUCAGUUAUAAAGGGUGGAUUAACUGCAAGCGAGGUUGCUCACAAUGGAAUCAUCUCUAGAGAAGAUUAUGUUGCACUUUGUGAUUCUAUAACUUCAAUUUUUGAUGCAAAGAAGAGAGAAAUCAACUGUUCCAUAUUUUUGCAGUAUGAGAAGAUAAAAAUGGAAAAAGGGAAUUUUGAUUUGACUAAUUUAGUGAAUGAUCUUCAUCAAAGGCUUGAAUUUGAAGGAUAUAAUGGAGAUUUUAUGGAUUAUGUAUAUAUUGAUGAAGUUCAAGAUCUUACAAUUAGGCAGAUUAUGCUUUUUAAGUACGUGUGUAGAAAUGUUCAUGAAGGUUAUGCUUUUUCUAGAGAUAUAGCCCAGGCCAUAGCAAAGGGUAUUGGAUUCAGAUUUGAAGAUAUACGGUGGCUGUUCUUUAGAAAGUUUCUUUUGGGUUCUGAAAAGGGAAAACUCUCCAAGGUUUUCCAAUUAAGUGAGAAUUUUCACACUCAUACUGGAGUUUUGAAUCUGGCUCAAAGUGUUGUCAACCUUCUUUGCCACUUUUUUCCCUUGUUUGUUGAUGCUUUGAGCCCAGAAACUAGUUAA